UGAGUGAAUAGAUAAAUAGAUCUAUUCAUGAAAGACUGUACUGGAGACAAGAGAGGGAAAUAAAAAGUAGGCAGUAAAAGAGAGUCUAGUGCUUCAUACAGGAAAUAUAUUGCUGUGUCAAGUUCCAGAGAAGAGUUUCUUCUUUGCCAAAUUACUAAUCAGACUAAAACAUGUCGAGCUGAAGGAAAAGAGUAGGAGGAAAGGAGUGCCCUGCUGCUUAUGAGCUAAGAAAACCCAGCACCAAGAAGUCGCUUGGACAAAGACUUGCCAUGUUCCCAGCUGCUGCUUUACUUGUGAGGAGGAGAGACCCGGAGGGGAGGACAGAGCACAAGACACCAAAAAUGCCCUGCCUCUCGAGGACUGCUGACCUCGCGCUCCUGCUGAUGUUCACCGUCUUCUUCGUGGUGGAUUCAGGCAGUUCAUGUGUGGAUGGAAAGCAGUUUAUGCAGAGCAGUUCAUCCCUUCCUGCAGAAUUCCCUGUCUGUAGAGUUAGGCUCAUCGUGUGUGCUCUGUUGCCCUCCUGUCCUCCUGACAAACGUGGACCUAAGGACAUGGAAAAUCAUGCUCAGAGACCAGCCUUUCUGCACAAAAGCCUAUAGAAGAGAAACAAAUGAGAGCACUGACACCAACUGUACCGAUGAGAGAGUAACGUGGGCCUCCAGACCUGACCUGAGCCCUCACCUUCAGAUCAAUGCGGUGGCUGUCGCACAUGAUGGAUAUUACAUCUGUGAAAUAGUGUCACCCACUGGGAAUUUCCAACAUGGAUAUCAACUGCAAGUGCUCGUGCGCCCUGAAGCCAACAUGUUUCUCAGCAAGAAUAAGACAUUGGUGUGUGAGGCCGUUGCAGGCAGGCCGGCUGCACAGAUCUCCUGGACUCCGAAGGGGCGCUGUGUGACUAAGGAGGAAAAGAACAGCAACGGCACAGUGACGGUCAGAAGCACAUGCCGCUAUUCAGACAGCAAUGUAUCCACUGUGACCUGCUUGGUCUCCCAUGUGACGGGGAACAGGAGUCUCUCUGAAGUCCUGCCUUCUGGUGCUACAACCUCAGGAUCUGCAGCAUCUUCUUUACUGAUCAUUCUCUAUGUGAAACUCUCUGUUCUCAUGGUUGUUCUGGUUAUUGUGGGAUUUGCUUCCUCCCAGAAGAUAAAUGCUUGCAGGGAUGCACAAAGGUAUUUCUUGGCUUCUCUUGCAGCAAAGUAUGACCAUCAGUUUUGGAAAAUGAGAUACAAACAUAAAUCUUGUGAGACAUGUUCAGAAAAUCUUAAAGUGAAAGAAUGGGUUCUCUUUUGCUUCCUCCUUAUUUCCUGGUGUGAUGAGUGAAGCUCCAGCAGCUAACUUGAGCUAUGGGUAACACUGAGACUGGCAGCUACUCACUACGAUGGAGAAAAAGAAAGGUGGAAGGACCUGGAGCCUGAUAAUCAUCGCGUGUCCUUACCAACCCUAAACUGUCUACCCACUGAUGUUGUGUGAGAGAGAAUAAACUAUU